AUGGAGAUCCCAACUUUCCUGCUGUCGAGUCUCGCGCUGCUCUUCGUCGGAGGUGAUAUCUUCACCAGGGCCAUGCUGAGUGACAUUGGGGACUAUGUAGGUACAGACAUUCAAAUAUCCUGGUUACCUAAUCUGGAUGAUUUAAUGAAGGGCUAUGCCAGAAAUUUUCGCCCUGGGAUAGGAGGUCCACCAGUGAACGUGGCCAUGGCCAUCGAGGUGGCCAGCAUCGACCACAUCUCCGAGGCCAACAUGGAGUACACCAUGACUGUGUUCCUGCGGCAGAGCUGGCACGACGACCGCCUGUCCUACAACCACACCAACAAGACUCUGGGUCUGGACAGUCGCUUUGUGGACAAGCUGUGGCUGCCCGACACCUUCAUCGUUAACGCCAAGUCUGCUUGGUUUCACGACGUCACCGUGGAGAACAAGCUAAUCCGCCUGCAGCCUAAUGGAGUCAUUCUAUACAGCAGCCGCAUCACCUCGACGGUGGCCUGCGACAUGGACCUCACCAAGUAUCCCAUGGACGAACAGGAGUGCAUGCUGGACUUGGAAAGCUACGGUUACUCCUCAGAGGACAUUGUGUAUCACUGGUCAGAGAGUCAGCGGCACAUCCACGGCCUGGACAAACUGGAGCUUUCCCAGUUCACCAUCACGGACUACCGCUUUGUCACGGAGAUGAUGAACUUCAAAUCAGCGGGACGAUUUCCAAGGCUCAGCCUUCGCUUCCAGCUGAGACGUAAUCGGGGCGUCUACAUCAUCCAGUCGUACAUGCCUUCAAUAUUACUGGUUGCCAUGUCUUGGGUGUCCUUUUGGAUCAGCCAAUCAGCAGUCCCUGCUCGUGUUUCCUUAGGAAUCACGACUGUCCUCACCAUGACCACGCUGAUGGUGAGCGCUCGCUCCUCUCUGCCCCGGGCGUCGGCCAUCAAGGCGUUAGACGUCUACUUCUGGAUCUGCUACGUGUUUGUGUUCGCGGCGCUCAUCGAGUACGCCUUCGCUCACUACAACGCCGACUACCGGCUUAAAGAGAAGGCCAAGGUGAAGGCCAACAAGCUCAGCUCUGAGUCUAUUGUGAAGAAUGGAAAACAAGCCAUGGUUCUGUUCUCCCUGUCAGUCACCGGCAUGAAUCAGGGCGUGGUCAUUUCUAACCGCCACGGCCGGGCCCAGCGCUCGGGCAGCGAAAUCCCCGGUGAGGGCGGCACAGAGGAGGCCGAACCGAGAAGGAGACGAUCCAAGCAGGUCGAGGAGACCGAGGAGGAAAAGAAGUGCUGCUCCAAGUGCGUCUGCAAGCCCAUCGACGCGGACACCAUCGACAUCUAUGCCAGGGCCGUGUUCCCGUUCACGUUCGCCGUGGUGAACGUGAUCUACUGGGUGGCCUACACCAUGUGAGGCGGAGGCAGCAGGUCUGUGUGUGUGGCUGCCAUCCAGAGCUGUACAUAAGAAACUGCUGGAGCUGUGCCACUGUAAUGCUGGCAGAGUGGUGCAGCUGAAGAAUACUGCAGGCCACAGCUAAGACGAAAAAAACAGAAAAAGAAAAAAAAAAAACUUCAGUGGAAAUAGCAGCCUGUGAAUAAGGAAAAAUUAAUGGAAGUGGUUAUGAGUUUAAAAAAGUGUUAAGAGGACUUUAAUAUGUUUAAAUGCAAAUCGUGUUGUACAAAGGCGACGGACUAUGUUGCCUGUUGGAGGCUCACAGACCCGGUGAGUACAGUCUGACUAGCAGCCACGAUGCCAUCCUGGUGUGUAUAUUGAACACAGGACUCCCAAGAACUCAUCAAACACAAGUUCUCCUCUAAACAAAAUCACAACAAGUUAGUCCGACUGACUCGAAGUCUUCAGUAAAACCC